GAGGGGUGUCUCUAAGCCCCGCCCUCCAUCUUGCGUGGCUCCAGUGCUAAUGCUAAAGCUUUGUCCUGCAGUGUUGAACACUGACUCGGCUGUGUCUUAGAUGGUACAAAGUGAAAAUAAACACAUUUAUUCAUACAUUUUAUAAAUCGCUUUCAACUAUGAGCAAACGAAAAGCGCCACAAGAAACUCUGAACGAAGGGAUCACAGAUUUCCUCAUAGAGUUGGCCAAUUAUGAGAAAAAUGUCAACAGAGCCAUCCAUAAAUACAAUGCUUACAGAAAAGCAGCGUCUGUGAUCGCCAAAUACCCACAGAAGAUCAAAAGUGGGACAGAAGCAAAGAAACUGGAUGGAGUUGGUGCAAAGAUAGCAGAGAAAAUUGAUGAGUUUUUAGCAACAGGAAAACUGCGUAAGCUGGAAAAGAUUCGUAAUGACGACACAAGCUCCUCCAUCAACUUCUUAACCAGAGUGACUGGAAUCGGUCCUGCUGCGGCUAGGAAGUUUUAUGACGAGGGCGUCAGGAACUUGGAAGAUCUGAAGAAGAUCGAACACAAACUCAACCACCAUCAGCAGAUUGGCUUAAAGUACUUUGAAGAGUUUGAGAAGAGAAUCCCUCGAGCAGAAAUGCAGAAAAUGGAGGCUCUGAUUCUCAAAGAACUGGAUCUGGUGGACCCCGAGUACAUCGGCACCAUCUGUGGCAGCUACAGAAGAGGAGCCGAGUCGAGUGGUGAUAUUGAUAUACUGCUGACCCAUCCGGACUACACCUCUCAGUCUGAGAAACAGCCGAAGCUUCUUCAUGCUGUUGUGGAUCAUCUGGAGUCCAUCGGCUUCAUCACCGACACGCUGUCUAAAGGAGACACUAAGUUUAUGGGUGUGUGUCAGCUGCAGAGAGAAGAGGAGGAUGAGGAGGAGUAUCUUCACCGCCGUAUUGACAUCAGGCUCAUUCCUAAGGAUCAGUAUUUCUGCGGUGUGCUGUACUUCACCGGCAGUGACAUCUUCAACAAGAACAUGAGGACUCACGCGCUGGAGAAGGGCUUCACUCUCAACGAGUACACCAUCCGUCCACUGGGAGUCACCGGUGUGGCUGGAGAGCCUCUGCUGGUGGACAGUGAGAAGGACAUCUUUGACUACAUCCAGUGGAAAUACAGGGAACCGAAGGACCGCAGCGAGUGAAACAGAGAGAGACAAAACUAUAACCUCAAACUGUGUGUGUGUGUGAUGGUCAAAUAUGUAAUAGUAGUGUAUUUUAAUACUAGAAGAGACAUUUAGGGAGAGGUGUGUGUGUGUGUGUGUGUGUUUAAAGUUCGAAGGUCAAAAAUCAGCUACAUCACAGUAGUUGAUGGUGCUUUUAAUGAAUGUUGUUUUAAUCCAGGUCUGUCUUACAGAAAUAUGUUUGAGUGAACUGAGACUGAGUAAUGCUGUGACAAUGACUAUUAGAUGGUCGAGGUAUAGCAGUAAACACGUCUUUAUUUCAACAUACUUCACUGGUAUGAAAGAAAGACAACUGAACAUAUAUGAAUGGUGAUUGUGUGGUGGUUGUGUUAUUUAAAGUCUGUACGAUCCAUUAUGAUGUUAUUGGGAUAUUUUUAUUUGGAUAUUAGUCUGCCGUAUUAUGACAGAAAAGACUGUGAGAAAAUUUGGGUUUUGCAUUAAAAUUCCCACACAUCA